CUUUAAGAAAAAAAUGGGAGCAAAAUUAUCUUCUAAUAAAAGCAUAAGAGAACUUUAUAAAGCUAACAAAAAACUCAAUGGUGAUAUCACUGCCACAUCUUAUGAUUCAAGUGCAGAACAAGCACAGACAAUGACAACUAUUUCACCGGACAAAAGUCAACAAGAUGAAGAAAGAAUGAAUGCUGUAAAUGAAGCAUAUAGAAUAUCUUUACAUCGUUAACAUGUCUUGUAGCAUCAUUUUGCUUUAAAAGAAAUGUUUGGCGCCAAUUAUACCCAAACCGUCAGAGAAAACAUUAAUUUUAAUUCAACUUCAACUCAAGUACUUGACAUUGGCUGUGGGCUGGACAUGGCAACUGAAUUCCCAGUUGCCCAAUUCAUCGGCAUUGACAAAGAUUCACUUUUCCCUCAAACCAUUCGACCAGCCAACGUAACAUUCAAAGAAGGCGAUGUGAGAAAUGGCCUUGAUUUUCCAGACAACACAUUUGAUCUAGUUCAAAUUCGAUUGUUCCUGUUGGCAUUUGAUAUGAACGAUUGGGACAAUUUUUUUAAAGAGGCGUAUCGUGUCUUAAAACCUAAUGGUUACAUUCAAUGGAUGGAACCCAAAAUGGCUGAUGAAGGGAAUGAAACUGUGCGUGGAUUCUCUGCAGAAGUUACUAAAAUGAUGAGAGAAAAAAACCAAGAUCCCAAGAUACAUGAGCAUCUGGAAGCCAUUUUAUCAAAACAUGGAUUUAUUCCAAAAGAAAAAAUCACAAAAGCUGUACCAUUAAAAAAUCAUCCCUUAUCCGAUGAAUUCAUGUUUAUUAUUGAUAUCAGUUUGGAUUAUUGCAAACCAAUUAUCAUAGGAAUGUAUCGUCUUACUUCAGAUGAAGAAUUUUUGGACUUUAAGAAGAAUUUGCUUGAAAGUAGACGAAGCAGCUCAGCAGCAACAUGGUCCUGUGUUGCAGCUCAAAAACCAUGAGAAAAUCGAAUUUAAAGAACUGGACUGUGUGAAAUUGUAAAAAAAAAGACAAGAAAAAAAGAUUCCCUUUAAUAGAGUUAAAGAAUACCAACCAUUUUAUAUAUCUUAUUGUUUUUAUCCAAUGUAUC